CCGUUUCAGAGUGGAGCUUCUUUGCGUGAACACCCAUCACCAGCCUUAUCAUUCAUAUCCCUCCCACACACAUUCACCCAAAAACACUCACCAACUCUCUGUUCUUGGAAAAAGGGUGCCCCAUCUAUCAUGAUUUCUCUCUCCAUCUCAUCUUCAUAUGGGGUUUCUUCAUCUUCUAGAUUUUCUUGUGAUUAACAGCUUUUCUUUGUUGAAAAACAGAGACCAGAUAUAAUCUGGUGGGUUACUUACAACUGUCUUUGCCAUCUGAUCAUUCAUCCCGUCGUUUAUUGGGCGUUCUUGGUUUCUUUUUGGUUCCCGAACCUUCAAUUUUGUCGUGAUCAAGAUUUUAAUUUUGAUCUGAUAAUGGGUAAUGUUGGAAGUAACAGUUCCAACGGCCGGCGGAGACACGGCGGUGGUGGCAGCAGGCGGGGAAACAAUCACAACCACCCUACACCGCCACCGCCUCAACAGCCACAGCCGGAGAUCAACGCUAAUCGAUACGUAUUCGCUGCGGCCACUCCUUACCCUGCCCAAUACCCUAACCCUAACCCUAACGCUCCUCCGCCUCCUUAUUACCAAUACCCAACUGGAGCAUACUACCCACCACCGCCCCCUCCUGCGGCACCGUUGCCUGCCCCAUAUGAUCACCACCAUCGCGUGCCUAUGGACCCUGCCUCUCAGGCCUGGGUCGGUGGGAGGUAUCCUUGUGGGCCUGUGAUGCACCCUCCCACACCUUAUGUUGAUCAUCAAAAAGCUGUGACUAUCAGGAAUGAUGUUAAUCUCAAGAAAGAAACUUUGAAGAUCGAGGCUGAUGAAGAAAACCCUGGAAAAUUUCUUGUCACGUUCACUUAUGAUGCCACUGUUGCUGGCAGCAUUACUGUAUAUUUCUUUGCAAAAGAAGGGGAAGACUGUAACCUGAGCCCAACAAAAGAAGAGCUGCUUCCACCAAUUAGAGUGGAGUUCCAACAAGGGUUGGGCCAGAAAUUCAGACAAGCAUCAGGAACUGGUAUAGAUCUGUCAAUGUUUGAGGAGGCAGAAUUAGUGAGAGUUGGUGAAAUGGGCAUACAUCCUCUAGCAAUUAAGGCAGAAGCAACUCCAUGUGUAUCGGAAGAUGGGAGUACGACCAAUUCCCAAAUAACCCAGGCAGUCUUUGAGAAGGAAAAGGGUGAAUAUCAGGUGAAGGUGGCAAAACAGAUCCUGUGGGUGAAUGGGAUGAGGUAUGAGUUGCAGGAGAUAUAUGGGAUUGGUAAUUCAGUUGAUGGUGCUGAUUUUGAUGGGAAUGAUCCUGGUAAAGAAUGUGUCAUUUGUUUAUCAGAACCUCGAGACACUACAGUCCUUCCUUGCCGUCACAUGUGCAUGUGCAGCGGAUGUGCUAAAGUGUUGAGAUUCCAGACAAACAGGUGUCCGAUAUGCAGGCAGCCGGUGGAGAGGCUUUUGGAGAUCAAGGUCAGCAAUGGAGGUGAAGAAUGAUAUUUGUUAGUAUGAUGAUGAUGUUGUAAUGUUGUUUUCCUUUUUGUAUGAUGAUGUCAGUUUGAGUAGUGAUUGUGGUUCAAGUUUUGUAUCACACAUUCCUCCUAUUUAACAAACUACAACCCCACAGAUUUCUCCAACUUAUAUUUUUCUUUUCGGUUUUGUUUUUGUCAUGAUGCAUCUUGAUAAUAAUAAGAAUUGAUCGAUCGGUCAACGUCCCUCGUAUAUGUAUUUUUAUGUAGUUUGUCUGGUAUAAAUUCAGCUUAUGUUAUAUC